AUGCCAGUUAGUGGAGAGCAGCAGAAAUCCUUUUUAUUCUGUCUUUGGACACACAUAGGAAAUGGUGAUGAGGAGGUGUUAAUAGCAAAAGGUCAUGGGCCUGAUUUGAUUAAUUCUCAGGAUUUUAGGAGUCAAUGCAGCAUCAGUAGAAGCAGGUUAGCAUAUUAUCACUGCAAGGAGGACAAGAGAGAACACUUGAUAGCCCACGGGAGUUUGGAUUAUUUGCCUUCACACAGUAAACUUAAUAAAAAGUGGCUACAACAAAAAAAAUACAGAACAGAGUGGGAUCGAUGGCUGCUGAUGGGGCUAAUUGGAACAGCAGUGGGGGUGCCGGGGUUUUUGAUUCAUCAGGUAAUUGACUUACUCAUCAAAUCGAAAUGGAACCUGGUGGAAAAUUACCUGCAGGUGAGCAAGAAAAAGUCAGAGAGAUGUUUUCUGUCAUGUUCAUCAUCUGGCUUGCCAGAAAUUAUUGGUUUGAAUGGCACUUCUAUUCAACAUCUGUUUAACACAAUCUUUUUAAGCACAACUCCCCGUGAUGCUCAGCAAGCAGUUAUCUGGACAACUGCAGUCAGUUUUGUUUCUGAAAAGCCAUCUGUCCCACAGCUAUGGCCUGCUGGUUGCUUUACAUCUCGUGUGGCUGCUUUUAACUGUGCAAAGUUUGUAGCCAAUCUCAAGUGGCUGCACACAACAGCAGCAAUAGUUUUGCAUACACCUGCAGAAGUGCUCUGGUCUGAUUUACCAAAGAGUGCCUUCAAUUGUAUGACAUCACUUUUAGUGCUCUCCUGGUUUGUGGCCCUGAGCCAGCUGCUGUCGGACACCCUUGGCAUCCACCUCCCGGUCUUCACCAGGUUUCGGAAUUCAGCUGAUAAUUAAGUUUUCCCUAUGUCUGCUGCAGAAGCAGGCAUAACUUUGGUAUUUCAUGCCCCCAUUGGUGGGCUCUUGUGCUUGAGAAGGAUGGCUUCAUUCGGGGACAUAAGGCUGGUCUGGCAAGGCUUAUUCUGCUGCUUGAUGGCCACCUUCACCACGGGUGUAGUGUCCUCUUAACUCUAUGGGUUUGUUUGCGGGGGCCAUUUUGAAUUUUUUGAGGCAAAGAAAAGAAUUCUAUUUUGGGUUAAGAACUUACUGGACAUGAACAUCUUGGCCUUCAUUCUGACCAUCCUCCUUGGUGUGUUUGGAGGUCUUCUAGGAGCUUUCUUUGUUUCCCUAAAUAUAAAGGUUAAUAAACUAUGUAUGCAGUUCUUUAAUUCAAUUCCAAAAUUAUCCCCUAGAAAAACAAGCAAGCUGUUGGAGGCUGUGCUUAUCCUAGUAUGUAUGACAACUGUUACAGUGUAUUUACUAUAUUUCUUUUCUUUCGUGCCUGUUGUGAGAAGCUACCAGAUGAGAAACAACUCAGAAAUCUGUUACAAGGAUUUGGGAUGGAAAAUAGCCAAAGCUGCUGCACUUCCAGUUGAAAAUGGGAAGUAAGGGAUCACAUAUCUUUUUGAAUAUGGGACUCGUGAAAAAUUUGGAUACAUAUCCCUGUGCACUGCUUUGGCAUUUUAUUUCAUCCUUAGCUGUUGAAUGGCAGGUUCUGCAGUUGCCAGUGGCCUGAUUAUUCCUGUGCUGUAUACAGGAGCUUUGUAUGGCAGGAUAAUGGGAUUGAUCCUUGUUUCCAUUUUUGGUAUUCAAACCAAUGAACAUGGAGUGUGGAUUGAUCCAGGUUUCUUUACUGCCAUUGGAGCUGCAUCCUUUUUCAGUGGAGUGUCAAGACUUACCAUCUCCAUCACUGUGAUAAUGGUAGAGAUCACAAAUGAUGUCCAGUCCUUACUACUGAAAAUGCUGGCUGUCACGGUGGCCAAGGUGGUUAUUGACUUGUUCAACAUAUCCCUGUACAGUUCCCUCCUGAAGCUGAAAUGCAUUCCCUACUUGGAUGUGGUAUCUUUUGCUCAUUACAGAGUAAAAUGGUUGAACCUGGAAUUGUUCUCUGCCAGGGAUGUCAUGGAGACUGGUGUCAGAGUCCUUCACCUGAAGGAGAACAUUGCCUCCUUGGCUUGACUUCAUGCAAGUACAAGCCAUGGCGGAUCCCCAGAGGUUUGCAGUCCCAAGCCAGAACACGCAGAGGUGUUCCAAGGUAAAAUGCCAAAAAUUCAUAUAACAGUGGAGAAGCUGCCCAAUCUGUCGUGCCUAACCAUGCUGCUGAAUCGCUUCACUACAGAUCCCCGGUAUCAGCAACUCUUCAUCAAUCUGAAGUCACACAUAAACAAAUAUUCAAUGUCAGUCCGAGCUCAUUUCUCGCUGCAGUGCAACUAUGUCAUCUUUCACACCCUGGGGCUGUGCCACCUCACUGUUUACCUGCAGAACCGAAUGGUUAGGGUCAUCACCAGGAAGGACCUGACGUCUUUCCCACUGGAGGAGAGGCUGAGGCUCCAGCUGGUGCCACAGAGCCCCGAUGCUGAUGAACUGCCCCCAGAUUCAAGGCCACGCAUCCUGACCGAUUCUGUGGUUCUGUUGACUGGGCAGGCAGGCAGCUGCAAACCCGAGCCCGCCGGUCAGAUCACAGCUUGGAAAAGGCACCUGAGCCGGAACGCGCGCCGCGCUCCCACCUCUGAAUUCUCCGCUGUUAAUGGGCAGGACGAGGUUACGCUUCGUGGCGAAUUUCGACGCGGCGGAGCCCGACCGGAGCGGCAGCGCCGGCAGCGGCCGCCAGAUGCCGCCCUGCCCAACGCCUUGGCGGGGCCGCCGCGCUCGGCGGAGCGGCCUCCCCGCCGCCUCUGCCCCCCGGCUGCGGCGGCGCCGCCUUCCAGCUCCACUCACAGAAUUGUAAGUUGGAAGGCACCCCUGGAGAUCAUCCAGUCCAGCCCCCCUGCCAAGGCAGGAUCUCCUCGAGCAGGUUACACAGGAACGCGUCCAGGUGGGUCUUGGAUGUCUCCAGCGAGGGAGGCUCCAUGA